AUGGGAGUAAACCACAGAGGAGAGCACAAGCGCAGAAAGACUGGAGCACAGGCAGUGAUUUCACGCAAGAAGAGGAACAACAGGGCAGGAUCUCAGCCAAGUGCAACGAAGAUUGGAGCGAGAAAGGUAGUGGCUGUUAGAGUGCGUGGAGGAAACAAGAAGCAGCGAGCAUUGAAGCUUGAGGAGGGGCAUUUCCGAUUUAUGUCAACAGGUAAUAUCAGAAAGGCAAACAUGAUUCAGGUUGUGUAUCAUCCCAGCUCUAAUGAGUUGGUGCGUACAAACACUCUGACGAAGAGCUCUGUUGUGAAGAUUUCAGCAGAGACAUUCAAGGAGGAUGUGGCGACGGUUGGAGCAGAACAGGAUGCAGAGCUGCACGAGGGCUUUGAGAAGGGGCAUCUGUAUGCGAUUAUUACCUCGAGACCUGGACAGAUAGGAAUGGCUCAAGGACAUGUCCUUCAAGGAGAGGAGCUGAAGUUCUAUUCUGAGAGGUUUAACAAGAAGAAGGGAGGAGCCAGGAAAUAA